GUGAUCGGCCUUUUCCCGAUCCCGAGAUCGAUUCUAAUAUCUUAAUCUUAAACCCUGCCUCGCACGUGCUCUCUGUAUACAAGAAGCCCUAGUGAUUUUUUUCCCUCUCAUUCAACACCGACGUGCGCAAACCUGCAACUGCAAUUCCAAGGUCCAACCUCCAGGAGUAAACCUCUCCUCUCAUCCUCCAUCUAUUCGUAUCUUAUAACCCUCUUUCUCUCUCUCUCUCUCUCUCUCUCACGUUUCAGUGUUUAUUUUCAUCUAUUCGUCUGACAGAGAUGGAGAAUUAUUAAGCUUCUUGUUCUGAUGGUCCAAAAGGGUAAGGAAGGCCACUCCAACUUAUCAAGGAAGAGGUCAUAUUGUUUCCAGAGUCUCUUCAGCUUGUGUGUUUCCAGAUUCUAUUAAGCUUGUGACACUUCGAGCCUCCUUACAUCAAACGCCAUAUAAGAGCUGAUGGAGAUAAAAGAUUCCAUCCUUGAUAUUCCGGUGCAAGAUCCCCCGCAGGAAGAUUUCUCUGCUGUCGAUUUGAAUUGGACCAAGUAUGGAACUGAUGAGCACCAUGAUGAGGUAGCCCUCAUUCCUUAUGACCGAGUUGAUGAAUUCAUGCUGGGAGAAUGUUCUAAUGUGGAGUGCCCAACACGUUUUCACAUUGAGAGAGGAAGAAAGCGAGAAAUAGGCAGUGUAAAGAACAACAAGAGUGAUGAAUAUUUGGAGUACAGGGUGUAUUGGUGUUCAUUUGGUCCUGAGAAUUAUGGAGAGGGUGGUAAUAUAUUGCCCAGUAGGAGAUAUCGACUCAAUACCAGAAACCGAGCUGCAAGGCCACAGUCCAUGCGGGGCUGUCAGUGCCGUUUCGCAGUUAAGCGUUUGUAUGCUCGCCCAUCAGUUGCACUCAUUAUAUACUAUGAGAGACGUCAUGUAAAUAAAUCGGGUGUUCUAUGUCAUGGACCACUUGAUAGAGAUGCCAUUGGCCCUGGUGCCAAGAAAAUACCCUAUAUUUCUAAUGAGAUCCAGCAGCAGACAAUGUCCAUGAUUUAUCUUGGAAUACCAGUGGAAAAUGUCUUACAGAAACAUAUUGAAGGCGUUCAACGCUACUGUGGUGCAGAUGCAAAAGUUAGUAGCCUUGCAUCUCAGUAUGUCCACAAACUCGGCAUGAUCAUCAAGCGAUCAACACAUGAAUUGGAUCUGGAUGAUCAGGCUAGCAUACGAAUGUGGGUUGAGCGCAAUAAGAAGUAUGUAUUCUUUUAUCAGGAUUGCUCUGAUACAGAUCCUUUCAUUCUAGGGAUUCAAACAGAUUGGCAGUUACAACAAAUGAUCCGUUUUGGCCAUCACAGUCUCAUGGCUGCUGAUUCAACAUUUGGCAUAAAGAAACUCAAGUACCCACUGUCUACAGUUCUUGUAUUCGAUUCGAGGUUACACGCCCUCCCAGUUGCAUGGAUCAUUACCCGUUCUGUUGCAAAGGAGGAUGUGUCAAAAUGGAUGAAAGCUCUUCGAGAACGAGCUCGUGCUGUUGAUUCUGCUUGGAAGAUCAAUGGGUUUCUAAUAGAUGAUGCUGCUUCAGAGAUUGAUCCAAUCAGGGAAAUUUUUUGCUGUCCUGUUCUUUUUUGCCUUUGGCGUGUUCGUAGAUCAUGGCUGAGGAACAUUGUCAGGAGGUGCAAUCACAUUGAAGUUCAACGUGAAAUUUUCAAACGUCUUGGAAAAAUAGUGUAUGGUAUCUGGGAUGGUGCAGAUUCUGUGGGUGCUAUGGAGGAGUUCAUCCAAGAUUUUGUUGACCAAACUGACUUCAUGCAGUAUUUUAAGGCCUGUUGGGUGCCGAAGAUAGAAAUGUGGCUUACAACCAUGAAAACUCUUCCACUUGCAAGCCAGGAAGCAUCUGGUGCCAUUGAAGCUUAUCAUGUGAAGCUGAAACUCAAACUUUAUGAUGAUUCACAUAUUGGUGCACUCCAAAGAGUUGAUUGGCUGGUGCACAAGCUGAUAACGGAGUUGCAUCCUAUCUACUGGCUUGAUCGCUAUGCAGAUGAAAGUGAUUCCUUCCAAAAUGUUAAAGAGGAGUACAUUGCUUCCACAUCAUGGCAUCGAGCACUGCAAAUUCAGGACACUGACGUUAUCUUAGAUGAUAAGGAUCACCUCUUUGCCAAGGUUGUGAGUCAAAAGGACAGUAGUCAAACACAUCUGGUCUGGAAUCCUGGGUCCGAGUUUGCUUUUUGUGAUUGUGAAUGGUCAAUGCAAGGAAACUUUUGCAAGCAUGUCAUCAAGGUCAAUAUGGUCUGCGAAAAUCAUCUAGGUUAUCAACCUUCCAUGGCAUCUCAGUCAUUCAAAGAAAUCUUAAUCAAUCUGUGGAAAAAACCCAUGGAUGAUUCAAUUUCCCUUGAUCAGUCAAUGGCCUGGAUGAGCCAGAUGCUUGACCAAAUUCAAAAACUAGUUGAAUUAAACAAUUCCAAUGACAUUGGCAGUCUGGUAAAUAAUCUACCACUGAAGUGGGUGGCCAAGAAGGGCAGAACAUCUUUUGGCAGGCCUGCAUCUGUAGUUGGUUUUCUCCCCAAGUCAAAGAAUGGUUCCAAGAAAGCUCUUAUCAUCAGAAAGAGCAGGAAGCGAAAAAGAUUGUCUCGGUUUAAGUGAUUUGUUAGUUGGAUGGACAAGAGACUUUUGUUGCUGGUGGCCCAGUAUACAUCUGCCUAGUGCCUGGUUCUAUUAUAGUGUUUAUAUGACCUGCUUUGUCAUAGCUUGGUUUUAAUUAUCUCUAAUUGGUUGGUCUGGUGUAGAGUAAGUUGCGCAACAGGGGUGAGGCAAUCUCAGAUUAACAGCAUACCUACAGCAUACCAUUGCAACCCAUCAUCUCUUCCCUUCUGCUUCAUCAUCAAAUCUGUUAGCAGAACAAGAACAGUGCAAUGAAGACAUACCCUUCAGUGCUGUAUCUCCAGUGCUCAGUACAUCUCUACACUUGCCUCUGUGGUCGAGGUGAAGUGAGUUCUUUCCUGCCUGGAUUGAAUACGACGCAAUGGCAGCCAUGAACUGUGGUAUUUAGUCAUGCAACUUUAUGGUCUUGGCUGCAUUGAUGCCAUCAGUUACAUCUUUGGCUUUAUUGGAUUCUAAUUGUCGUUGAUUGGGCUCAAUAAAUUUUAUGAUUUGAAGACAGUGAGAGCAAAUGGAGUGGACAGAAACAUAAUUUUUUGCUUGGUAUUUGCUCUUUUUGUUAUUGUCACCUCGCAAAAAGUGCAUUGAGAAGGGCAAAGCUAAUAAGGUGCGUUGCUAAAUUUGUAAUUUCUUGUUCUGUCAUCAUGGUGGUGCCAUUUUUUGUUUACUUAUUCUGUUCAAUAGGACAAGUCAACCAAGGAAAAUGGUACGAGGUCCUUUUUUUUCCAUAUAGAGUUCUUUUGUAUUGAAAACCAAACUGUUUCAAUGGUCUCAGCCAUUUUGGUGCAAGAUAUUUUCAACAAGAUGACAAUCUAAUGGUGUUGUAUCCA